CAGAAGAAUGCAUUUAAUGAUCUUGGUGCACUUUGACCGCUCAUGAACAGUGAUAGUUUUCAAGAGACCACGUAAAGGGUAUCUCACUUUGAUGACCCCACAUCAAAUGUGCUAAGUGCUGUGUUUUGUGAAAGGACUCGUGUCUAUAGAGCUCUGAGUGGGGUCUAACACAUGCCACUGUGGUGCAAAGGAUAUAAAAUGAUGGUGCAGUGUGAGUGUUCAGGUUGAGGUUACUGAUCUCGGUGUUGGGUGGAGGUGGCAGCUGCGUCAGUGGUUGGCAGAGCAGCGCCAGCCUGCUCUCUUCCCCCGGGAAGGAAACAAGCUGCAGUGGGAAGAAACCUGCUGCCUUCGAGUCUCCACGGUCAGACUUAAGGCAGGUGGUUGUGGGGAGGCUUACUGCAGUCUCUUCCUGGAGUAGGGAGAGCAGGAGAGGUGGCAGCCAGGCAGGGGCUUUCAAGGCCGAAGCAGUCUGUGUGCUUGACCCUCGGUUGCCCAAGGCCUCCGGUGGAGCAGGAUCUGGGGCCGCGGAGGUGAGUAGCACACGCUCGCCGGUGGCUGCGAGGCCUGUAAGCCCUCUUCAGUGCUCCUGAAGGUGCCGGCACGAAGAGGCGGGAGACGGUGCGGGAGGUGGGCGACAACCCGGGCGGUGCAACUCCGGGUGGCGUGUGGCGGCUCCUGGGAGCGGCCCAGUGUGGAGGGGUACCGCGGCACAGAGGCUUCCCGCGCCCGGCGUGGGGCCCGCGGACGCCUGGUCGCGAAAGCUCAGCGCACCCCAAGGGGCCCAGUCUGAAGCCUCCCCUGAGGCCGCGGGCGGCCUGACCCUCCCCGCUUCUGCCCCGAGCGCGCCCGAAGGAUCCCGAGUCGCUUCGGUCGGGAAGCCGGGGGUGACGAGCGCGCUUGGGAGGAGCUCGGCGGCCCGCAGGGGAAGGCAGCGUGGUACUGCGCCGCCUAGUGGCUGCGCACCGGGGGCGGCGCCCGAGCCCGGUGAACGGCGGCGGCGGCGGCGGGGCCCUGUUCCCGUUGUGCGGGGAAGGGCUGGCAGGUGCUGGUGGCCAUAGCGCAGGUAAGGCGGGCUUUCGCCUUCCUCCUCCCUGCCGCGGGCUACCUUCCCCUCCCGCCGCCGGUGGGGGCCGGCUCCCCUUGCCAGGAGCAGGAAGUCGCGGGGAUAGGCACGGCACGGCCUGGCUGAGCCGAAGCGGUGGAGGGGCCGCCCGUCAGCUCCGGCUGCCGCCGCUGCCGGGUCACUCCCCGGAGUCCGCCGCCUGUCAGCACCACCGCCGCUCCGACUCGUUGAGGUGAGGCCGCCCGGCCGCUGUUGUCCUGCUCGGAGAGCCUGCAGCGGGGCUCGGCAGCUGUCCCUGAAACACCUCCCGCGAUGGUGCCGUCCCCGCGGUGUCUCUGACUCGAAACGUUCGUUUUUACGGAAUGGAGGGGAAGAAACUGAUUUCUGCAACAGACACACAGUACUCCAGCGUGCUCCUUCAGUCUUUGAACGAACAACGUGACCAUGGACUUUUUUGUGAUGUUACUGUUAUUGUGGAGGACCAGAAAUUUCGAGCUCACAGGAACAUCCUUUCGGCCUCAAGCACUUAUUUUCACCAGCUUUUCUCAGUGGCUGGGCAAGUGGUUGAACUGAGCUUUGUAAGAGCAGAAAUUUUUGCAGAAAUACUGAACUACAUUUAUAGUUCCAAAAUAAUUAGCAUUCGAUCUGAUCUACUUGAUGAACUGAUUAAAUCAGGGCAACAGCUAGGUGUUAAAUUCAUAGCUGAUCUGGGCAUACCUCUGUCUGAUGGAAAAAACGUGUCAAGUGAGGUCAGAGAUGGUGCAUCAGAAACUUCAGCUUCUGGUCCAGGUCAAAGGGAUGCUGAAACACAAGUACCUGUGAUAAGGCCAGAGAGUCAUGAGGCAACAGAUGGGAUGCCAGUUAUAACACAAUCGUUCUCCUUACACGGCAUAGAAUAUGAGACUACAAAAAUUACAGUGAGUGAUUCAGAUGAUGAGGAUGAUGAUGUUAUUUUUUGCUCUGAGAUUGUUCCUCCAAAAGAAUGUACUAAAGAUGCAAAUGCUGCAACCCAGAACCAGCCUUGCCCAAGUUCAUCUGGAGUUUCCGACCAAAAAUCCUGUGGCAGUGGUGGCUCUCCCCAUUUGCCGAGCACCACAGCAGCUCAGAAACUCUCUUUGUCUACUAGCCAGCUAAGCUCAAACCAAACACAACCCGGUGCCGAAUCGCAUGUCCCUGGAACGCCACACCACUUGACUCCUAAUAUCAUUGUGCUGAAUAAGCCUUUACUUAACUCAUCGCUCAGUGCCAGCUCCUCGCAUCAAGCAAAUGUGACACCUACAAUUAAUUUACUCGAGGAGAAGAGACAGACAUCCAAUAAUGGCCCCUUAGCUGAAGUGGAAACAACAGCUGUUGAUGAUGAUGAUGUUGUCGAAGAUGAUGUUGAUAUCAUUAGCUCUAGUCCUGGUUCAGUCAACAGUAGCUCUUUGGGUCAGCAACCAUCUGUAACUGAGACAGCAACGACUGAAGGACCAGCUGUACAGAAAAAACAGGCUGUUACACUGUCAGAUGAGACAUUUUCUAUAGACAGAGAACUUAAAAUAAAAAUCUCAGAUAUCCUUGCUGGAAACAAGAAGGACUUAAGUUCAGGUGUAGCAUCAAAGCAGGCGGCAGAAGGGCAGAAAAUCAUAACAUUGGAUACCACAACUGAAAUAGGAGGCUUAUCCACAGGCUGUAAGGUGUAUGCAAAUAUCGGUGAGGAUACGUAUGACAUAGUCAUUCCUGUAAAGGGUGAUGCUGAGGGCGAAGCCAAGGCUGAUGAAACACCUAAAACGUCUGGUGGUGAUUCUCCAAACAGGAAACGCAUGAAAGUAAAGCACGAUGACCAUUACGAGCUCAUCGUGGAUGGAAGAGUCUACUACAUUUGUAUUGUGUGCAAAAGAUCGUACGCGUGCCUGACGAGCUUACGGAGACACUUUAACAUGCAUUCCUGGGAGAAGAAGUAUCCCUGUCGGUACUGUGACAAAGUUUUUCCUCUUGCAGAGUACCGUACCAAGCAUGAAAUCCACCACACUGGUGAGAGAAGGUACCAGUGCUUGACCUGUGGCAAAAGCUUCAUUAACUACCAAAUUACAGCCUCCCACAUAAGAUCAGUUCAUAGCCAAGAACCUUCUGGAGAUACCAAGCUCUAUCGAUUGCACCCGUGCAAGUCUCUGCAGAUCAGACAGUACACAUACAUCAGCGAUCGCUCCAACAGUAUACCAGGAAUGAACAACGGUGGCAUCGUUUAUCGUGUUGGCACAGGGAAAGAUGGCACUGAAGGAACAGCAUCUAACUCUUCAGACAUUAGGUGGGAUGACAUUUUUGUUCCACAUGGAAACGAAGCAAUGUUCAAACAAAAUCCACCGGAGGGGAGUUCUGAGUUUGAGUUUGUAAUACCAGAAUCCUACUGAAGCACAUAAAGCACUGGGAAAAGCUUUCAGUGCAGAAAUAGCGUGGCUGUUUUAAAUGAACUGUUAAUAUCACUGUAAAAAUGAAAUGUUAAGAGUUGAAAACAAGUUAACUUGUUCUACCAAAACAUCAAAUGGAAGCCCUUAGAAGGAUUAUAGGUAACUGCAAGUGGUUUGUGAAAGCAAUUCAUCUGAAGGUUUACUUGAAUACAGAGCAGGACACUUCUAAAGAGAAUUUUCUGGUAUAUCAAUUUUGAUCAAAAUGUGGGGAUUUGUAGCUUGAAAAGGUACAGUUUCUUCUGAAGAGCUAGAACUCUUAUAAAGUAAUUGAGGUAUUUCCUGUACCCAUAUUUACUAUAUAAACCCUUUCUUUAGUGUUAACACUUAAAAUGCUGAAUCCUGUUUAGAUGUUAACCAAGCAAACAGAUUUUUUUCAUCAUAGUCUCUUGAAUAUGGAACCAUUUAAAAAAAAAAAAACAAACGAAAAAAUCCCACUACUCAUCUGUUUUUGUGAACAAUGGAUUACUGCUGCUGUUCAAAAUAACUGACUUUUGAGUAGUGUAUUUUUGAACUAGCAUCUUGGCUCUGCUUUUAUAUGAAUUAGCUAUCUUCAUGCAAAUAAUGAGUAUUGCUGACAAGAUAGUUGCAGGUAAAUUGAACAACCUUUAUACUUGGCAGAAUGGUGAGCAGAGCAUUCAGUGUCUGGAGUGUUGUAUUUUACCUUUUUUUUUGCAAUGAGAAAAAUGAGAAUAAACCCCCACAAAGUGGAGAAGCUUAGAACACAUAGGAAGGUAAAAGAUAAUUUUUCCUUUCAAAGGAUGAGGAAUAAUGUUAGGUUUUCUAACUAUGGGAACAGAUGCCAUUAAGGAGUUUAGAAGGGCUUCAGUCUGGUAUCUUAAAAAGAAUACUUACAAUAAAAGGGUUUUUUUUGUUUGUUUGGGUUUUUUUCAGCUGAAGGCUUUUACAUUCUCAAGAUUAUAAAACAAAUGCUGUAUCAGCUCAGCAGUGAGACUGCUGAGAUGUUGUACAGCCCAUUUGGUUAGAUCUUUUAAGUGAAACAGGGAUUGGGAUUUUUUUUUUUCCUUCCCAUUUAUAGGGUUAUGGAAGCAUGGGGACUAAACCAAAAAUCAAAAAGUAACUUCCAUCCACCAAAAUGCAAAGUAUAUUUUCUCUGCAGUUGUCUAGUUGUCAUCUGUUUUCAGUUUGGGGCUUAUUAUAUUGUCCUUUUGUUUCUCCUUGCAAUUGGUAACAUGUUUAGGCACUUAUAAGACAAAUGAGAUGUCCAACUUGAACAGGAAACAGUAGACCUAAGGAAAACAAACUGGAGUCAUAGCUUAGCAGAUUUAGUGACUUGGUGAAUUUUUGUAAAUGGUAAUGUGAAACUCGCUCAGGUUCUAGACAUGACUGAGAUUGUUGUGUAUAGCACUAGUUAGUUGUUGUAACCUUUUAUUGUUUAAAUUACAGUUAAAGGUUUUUAAAUAAGCAUCUCGAUCCUAUGACCUUAAAGGUUAACAUUUCAGACACACAGUACUCUACACACAGAAAUACAUCUACAUGGUAAAUGGUUCAAAUACAACUCGAGCUAUAAAAAAGGGUACCAGACAUCUGUUUGAGUAAUGCUGGGAGAAAGGAGGAUUUACCUUAUGCAUGUAAUGCUCAUCUCUUCUGUUUUGUAAGCCAAGAACACCACUUAGCAGAUUAUUAACAGUUCAUACUACAGACCCCCUUUGAACACUUCAGAUGUUACGGGUUGGGUGUUAUCUGAGAUGCCAUUUCAGCAGUCAAACAAUCCUCACAAGACGUUAAGUCCUGAUUGCCUGUAUUAGCACGGGCAGCCCUGUGUGCUGUAUUGAGAGUUCCUGAACUUUUUGACAAGAAAAUGCUAUUUUUGUUACUGAUAUGACACAUCUAGAAUUAAGCAUACAUUGCAAAGUGUACAUUCAGUAAUAAUUAAGCAAUGGCUAUCGAUAUUUGCUGCUGAUGUAUUUAAAACUUUGAAUUAAACUGUGCCUACUAAAGGUCUCUUUUUGGAGGAAAACUGGAAAAUUAGGGCUUUGUAACUAUUUUUGCUAGAAGACUCGUGCUUGCAUGUGUCUCAGGGUCUUCAGUUUUCCUUGGAAGUGAUUUUUGAUAUCCAAAGUCCAGAGGUCACGUAAAUAAUUUUUUAAUUUCACUUCCAGUAUUUAUUGAUUUGGAAACAUAGUAAAUCCAUUCUUUUAAAACUCUUCUUUUUAUGGGGCCAUGAGCAUCUAUAUUUAGGUUUAUGGCUAUUGCACUUGUAUUUGAUUUUAUUUGUUUUCUGUUUGCUUUUGUAAACACUUAGCUUCCAGUUUAACUUAAUGAAAAAAAAAACAACCUUUAUGUAAAUAUUAAGCAAUUGGCUUUAGGGUAAUGAAAGAAAAAGAUUUAAUCUGAAAAAAAAAGCAUUUAUAUAAACCCUGAAUUUUAACAGAGUAUGGUGGCAAACCUCUUGGUCAUUUUUAUGCAGAUGAAAUCAUUAAUGGGUCUGCUGCAAAAUAUGAUAAAGGUGACUGCAUCCUCACUGUAUGGUUUCUCUGGGUAUUCAUACAGUAGCAUUCCAGUCUCUGAUUUAAACAAAUAGUGAGGGAGCAACUGACCGCUUAUUUAUUUCGUACUGUUAAGGCACGCAGCUUAUAAAGGUGCAGAAGCUGACAACUAUAUACAUUGAACAUUGAGUUCUAGGGCUGUUGCCUAGGAGCUGUUCCACGUGAGACACGUAUCAUUUUUGCCAGAUCUGUUAUGUAAAUAGUUGUACAGUCUUUCCUUAACAUACUUUAUAAAGUUGUGUUCUACUUUUCAUUAAUCAAUACUUGAUAGUAGUUCUUAGAGCUUUCUAUGGCAAAAAUAAAAACCUCUUAAAUUCUAAA